GAAAAACUCGACUUCUGUGUACGUAUUAUUUGCACUACGGUGUCAUUGAUGAUACGUAAAGAUUUAAAAUAAAUAAAUAAAUAAAUAACCCCGAACUAAUUCGAGUGGUACGAGCCAUCUCGUUUGGCGUCGUAGAAAAAAGUAACGUGCGCGAGAAACUUCAGUGUAAACACCGAGUGAGCUAAUCCGGCUAACGUGCUACAAAAAAACCCCACAACACGGCAUCUAGUGCUCGCGCUGUUUUACCAGGAUCCGUUCCAAAAUGCAUCGGAAAAAGCCGUUUAGUAAUAAACAGAAAAAGAGACAACUUCAGGUCAAACGCGAGAAAAAGAGAGGUGAUACAGGCUCGGGACACGGUAGCCAGAACGCCAGUGUAGAGAGAACGGUCGGACGGGAUGGACAGUCAGACACGUCCGACAGCGAGACGACUGAUAUAAGCAGGAUCGACCAGCCUGGCACCAGAGACAGCCGACAUGACCACAACAGGUUUCGGCUUCACUUUGAAAAAGAGAGCAAAGAGGAGGUGGAGAAAAGGAAGAAAAUGGCCAGAGAGAAAAUACUACAAAUGGUUCCAGAGAGAGACCUGGAGAUGGACAUAAAAGAAAUCUACCCUGAAGACCAAGGCCUGGAUUUCCCUCAACGGCCCUCUUGGAAUUAUGGGAUGCGCAGGGAGGAACUGUCGAGGAAGGAAAGGAAGGCAUUUGACGAAUUUCUGGAGGCUCUUCAUUCCAAGAAUCCUCCUCACUCGCUCAGCCAUUUUGAACACAAUCUGGAGACAUGGAGACAGUUAUGGAGAGUGUUAGAGAUGUCUGACGUCAUCCUGCUUAUUGUGGAUAUCAGACACCCAGUGCUGCAGUUUCCUCCUGCUCUGUACCACUACAUCACAGGUGAACUGCUGAAGCAAGUAAUCGUGGUGCUGAAUAAGAUCGACCUUUGCCCCGCGCCACUCGUGUUGGCAUGGAAACACUACCUGACCAAUCGCUUCCCUAACCUGCAAUGCGUGUGCUUCACUUCACACCCUGGACAACCUUACAGCAGCUUGUUUCAGAAAAAACGAAUGAGGAGGAAGGGUGGGUGGAGCCAGGCGGGAGGACCAAACCAGAUUCUGAGGGCGUGUCAGGAGAUCACGGCGGGAAAAGUGGACUUAAGCAGCUGGGAAAAGAAGAUACAACAUGAUGCUUUGGUCAUCGGAAACGAUGGCGAAUGGUGUGACGAUGGGACGGAGCCUGUGCUGAUGGAACACCACACUGAUGUUGCCAUGGAGCUGCACAGUCCCACACAAGAACUUUACAAAGAUGGAGUUCUCACAUUGGGCUGUAUAGGGUUUCCUAACGUAGGAAAAUCUUCAGUGUUGAAUAGUUUGGUUGGUAAGAAGGUCGUGAGUGUGUCUCGGACUCCUGGUCACACAAAGUAUUUCCAGACGUACUACCUCACCCCUACUGUUAAACUGUGCGACUGUCCUGGACUCGUCUUCCCUUCUCGAGUCAGCAAACAACUACAGAUUCUGGCUGGGAUUUACCCAGUGUCCCAGCUGCAGGAACCCUACAGCUCGGUGGGAUACCUGUGUGAGCGCACUCCUUUCCUGUCAACACUGAAACUUACACACCCAGAGCAGUGUGCUGACACAGAACACACUCCCGACACGCACAAGUGGACAGCCUGGGACGUGUGUGAAGCGUGGGCAGAGAGAAGAGGCUACAAGACAGCAAAGGCAGCACGGAACGACGUCUAUCGAGCCGCUAACAGCCUGUUGCGCUUGGCCACGGACGGCCGCUUAUGUCUGUGCUUGUGGCCGCCAGGAUACACACAGAACAAAGACAAAUGGGAGUCCCACCCACAUUUGGCAGAAAUCGUCGCUUUGCAGGGAAGAAGUCCUGCCAGUGAAGAGAACGGAGAGAGGGACGAAGAAGACGAAGAGUCAAGUUCCGAGCCAGAGGAAGAAGGCGACCGAGACGCGGACGACGACGAGGACGCCGACGGAGACGACGAAGACGACAGCGUGAGGUCCGAUAAAAAAGACAAGGCCUACAGACUGAACAUGUUUGGCUUGCUGGGAGAGAACGAGUGCGAGUAAGGGACGGUUUCAUCACGGUGUCAGUCGGUUGCUCAGAUCCCUCUUAUCUGCAUAUUUAGAUUUUGUUUCUCAGUCACGUGCCAGUGCUUUCGAUGCCGCUUGCAGAUCGUACGAUCCUCAAUAUGCCUGUUCCUGCUCCUGCGUAAGCAGCCGAGUUUGUGUACCUCUAGACCUUCUCUCAAGCUUUGUAUCGUGACAAUAAUUUACUAGACAAUAAUUUUUUUCCGUUCGAGAGUUUAGACUGUGAAUGUAAUAACAGUCGGCCAAUCGCACAGACCGCGUAUCGAGCACAAUCAUCCAUCGAUCAAGAACCUGUGAGUCACUUUGUCGAGCUCUCUUGCCAAAGAUCAGCAGAAGGUCACUAAUUUCAUUAAGGCAAAAGACAAAUGGGAGCCUGGGUGCUUCAAGACCCAGCAUGCAGCUUGAGGACAAAUAAGCCAGGUGCAUGACGGGGAAGGAAGUAAAUAGAAAAGCCAGCCAUGACAUAAAGAGGUGACUAAGAGACGAUGAGACCGAACUGAACCAUAGAAGUGAAAAGAGAGUGGAGUGAAUAUCUAAAGCACUUUUUAAAUCAGAAAGAGCUGUAGAGUUUUUUCUGAAUAGAUCUUAACAGACCAGGGGUGUGACUGACAUAUCAAAUUACUGCCUACUCAGGCAACCGGCAGGAAGACUUUGUGUGUCAGAGUUCGAUAAAUCGAAAGGAUCCUUCGUUCUUAGGUCACGUUCUUGAAGACAUCACGCAUGCAUCAUGCGUGUGCCGCCUUUCGAUGAAACUCUCAAACCGUUCCUUAAACUCUGUCUGCUUUUGACACACAGCUCAGGGUUUGAGCAAUAAUAUAGAAUGUAAUUGAGAGGAAUAAGGGGUGAUUUUCACCUUUCUGAUUUCAUUAGAAUUCCUACGCGAAGACAUUCUAUUCUUGACUGGAUUUCUCGGCAUUACGUUUGCACGAGUGCCAUCAGACGGGACUAAUACUGUACGACGCACAUUCGAAUUACCGAUCGAAUAAAGAUUUUUACAGUUGUUAGCUUUGCACAUAAGAAAGAUUGACCACAGAGACGAUAUUUUGUUAAACGAAACAGAUUUCUACGAGGGUCGGUCUGAACGGGUCUGUCACAGGGUUUGUAAUGCAGGGUUACAGGGAGCUUUGUUUGUGCCUGUGCUCAUCACCGAGCUAUACUAUGCAAGAUUAGGAAGGUUGGAUUAGAUUAGAAACGAGAAAUUUGCUGUGCCGAUUUGCACCGACGAGACGCGAUAGACACGGACAUCUUCGUGCACAAUACACGUUGUGCUGAGGUCCGAUUUGCACUGAGUUCUAUUCACGAGAACACUUUUUAUUACGGGACAUGAAGUAUAUGAUUGUGAUGGACAGUCAUCGAGCACCACAUGCUGAAAUCCUAGGACCAUAUUCCUCACACAUUUACGUACAGGACUCCCGAAUCAGUAUCGUUACAAUUCCAGUAUAGUGUUAAUAUAUAUUAUACAAAAGGACAGGGAGUAUGAGCCUAGUUUGUUUGAAAUAUCAGAAAUGCAAACAGAUUUGCUCUCGAGUAUGCAGUUGUAAAGGGGAUGUGUGUCUACCAUGUGCAAGUGAACUAGUAAACAAAUGUACUUUAUUGCUUAUAUUGAAUUGAUCUGAAGUAGCCCUCUGCAAUAAAGAAGGAAUGUCCUUAUCAUUUGCUUUCA